ACUACAUUCGUUACACAAUCUAUUUGAAUACAAUAAGAAAAUUUUUUAUUAACACAGAACUCAAACACCUUUAUAAGCAUAUUGUUAAUAACAUUUGGACCAGUAAGAUAGGAAAUUCCAACAAGAUGACAGCUGAAGAUUUGUCAACAGGACACACUGCAAUAGGGAGUGAUCCUGCUUUAGAUUCAAAAAUAAAAAAAUAUUAUACACCAGCCAGAAUUAUUGGAACCGAUUAUACUUAUAAACAUAAAAUUGUUUGGAAAAAUGCUAUUGGAUUUUUGAUUCUACAUCUAUUAGCAUUAUGGGGUUUGUUCAUCUUUUUUACAGGAGGUGUUGGCAUCAAAACAGCAUUAUGGGCUUUUUUUAUCCUGUUUAUCUCAUCUGAAGGGAUAACUAUCGGCGCUCACAGACUAUACUCACACAAAUCCUUUACAGCUACUCCUCUUUUGCGAGGUAUUCUCCUGACGCUUCAAACAAUAGCUGGACAGAACUCGAUGUACAUUUGGUGCAGAGAUCAUCGUCUGCAUCACCGUUAUUCCGACACAGACGCGGACCCUCAUAACGCGAAGCGAGGCUUUUUCUUUUCUCACAUAGGAUGGUUGAUGUCCAAGAAACAUCCUUAUGUCAUUGAGUUGGGGAAGAGGAUCGAUAUGAGCGAUUUAGAGGCUGACUGGAUGGUGAUGUUCCAAAAGAAGUAUUACUAUCCACUAUACGCGUUGUUCGCGCUAUUUAUUCCUGUUUGGGUACCGGUUCAGUAUUUUGGAGAGUCUUUUAAGAAUUCGUUGCUAGUGUGUUACUUCUUCCGAUACCUUUUCCAAGUGAAUGGUACGUGGCUGGUGAACAGUGCCGCUCAUCUCUUCGGUACCAGACCUUAUGACCAAAAUCUUCAACCCGUGGAAUCCUGGUUUGUAUCUUGGCUAAGCUUUGGUGAGGGUUGGCACAACUACCACCACACAUUCCCCUGGGACUACAAAGCAGCGGAACUCUCGAUGCAUUUCAAUGUAUCGGCAAUCAUAAUAAGAUGGCUUGAAAAGAUUGGUCUUGCGUACAACUUGAAGACAGCAUCACCAGAAAUGGUCGCAAAAAGGAUUAUUAGAACAGGCGAUGGUACGCAUUAUGCUCUUGGUAACGAUGACGCUAAAGCAAGGGUCACAGCUAUCGGACCACUGCAUCCUUUCAAUCCUAGCUAUACUACUAAAUACGAAGCACCCGGGGCCAAUCUAAAUGACCAAGGAUUACCACUAUUCCACGAAAUGGACGUUAUAAACGUUAAUAACAAAAAUAUUAAGAGAAAUUUUACCAAAGCUUAAAUUGAAGAAAGUUUCUUUGUGAGUUUCAAUGCUGCAGCACUCAUAUUUUUACUAUUGCCCAUUCUAUAUGAAUAAAACAGAGAUGAUAAUAUUUCUUUCAGGUUUUACGAACAUUAAAAUAAUAACGUGAUAUUUUUGUUGUUUCUCGUUGGACCUAUCAAACCACCGAUUGAUCGGCCUUAUGGGAAACACCCACUGUUUUCAGGUGGUUAUAAGAUAGGGAGGGAAUUGGUUAUGAAUUAAUUAAACCAAUAGUAUAAGAGUCCGUGGGAGAUCGACCUUCACCCAUCUGAUAAUCAGAUGAGACAUAUUAAUUAAAUUGAAUUAAUUCAAUUAAAUAUAACCACGAACACUUUUCGAUAGGUAAGUUAUCAUAAGCAUGUUUCAUCAAUAAUAUUUUUUAAAAAAUGUACCAACUGUUUAGCAGAUGGGUGAAGGUAGACCUCCCAUUGGCUCUUAGACUACAACCUGUCGUUGUAAAUAAGUCUUAUUCCUUUGAGUAUUUUAAUUAAAUGUGUAAGAUUAGUUAUAUUUUG